GAAGUGCACGCACGGAGCCGUAGCUGCAGGCGAGCGGAGAGAAAAAUUUGAGCUGGCUCGUAGCGGGUCUCUGCGAGGGGCUGCAAAGUGCGGACUUUCAAGCCUCAUCAACCGCGCCUGCACAAUGGGCUGAAUUUGUCCCGGCGUCGCCGCGCGGACUUAGCCUGUGUAAAGGGGCCUCCUCCAGUUAACGCUCAGCUCAGGGCUGCCUCAGCGCGGGGCACCCGCGCUCGUGCCGGGGGCCACUGCGCAGCAGGUUCUGAGCAGGUCGAGACCCCGGAUGCCGACCCAAUACAGGCAGGCGCUGCAGUCUCUCGGUCCUCGGCCCCGCAGUCGCGCUUGGCCCGUGAAGGAGUCGUCCCCGCAGCCCCCGCCUCCAGGACGGGGUGCUCAUCCUUCUCAAUUCCGAGAAAGAAGGCACCGGCGACUGCGGGACCAGGUUGGAGGAGGCGCUGGCGCCUCUCAGGCGCCGUAGGAGCCUGGUGCGUCCUUAGCUACCGUUAGCGCGGGCUUCCCCACUCCGGCUCGCUAGCUCCCGUCCACAGGAGCCAGUGGUUGGCCUAUGGGACCUGUCAAUCGGCGUGAGUUGCUCUACGAUUGGCCGGCAGGACUGGAGGGGAAGAACGGUUUCCUCGUGGCGGGGUAUUCGGUCGGGUGUCGUUCGUCGGCUCCAGUUGACGGCUGUUCCACGGCCUACCAUCUCUCAAUGGAGGACAGAGGCUCACCCGCCUUGGAAAAGGACUGGAGGUGUCUGUGUGGGAACCCAUCCUCGUUGGCACCCUCUGAGGGCCCCGCUGUGCAGACCUCCCCCCAGCUCAGCAAGUCUGUGUCCUCGGCCCACAGACACCUGAACAGAAGGAAUGGGCUCUCGAAGCUCUGCCAGAGCAGGAUGGCACUCUCCGAAGAUAGAUGGUCCUCCUAUUGUCUCUCAUCAUUGGCUGCCCAAAACAUCUGCACAGGGAAAGUGCAGUGCUCAGCCAUGGCCGAGCAGGCAGACCCAGCUGGGUUCCUGGGCAGCAUGUCCUGCUGCUCAUUGCUGCGCGGCUUGUCCUCGGGGUGCUCCACGCCCCUGCUCCCGGCCCCUGCGGGCAACCCCAACAAGGCCAUCUUCACGGUGGAUGCCAAGACUUCAGAGAUCCUGGUUGCCAACGACAAUGCUUGCCGGCUCCUGGGGUACAGCAGCCACGAUCUCAUCGGCCUGAAGCUCACGCAGUUCUUUCUGAAGCCAGACUGCGAUGUGGUGGAAGCGCUCAGCGAGGAGCAUGUGGAGGCCGACGGCCAUGCUGCCGUGGUGUUUGGCACAGUAGUGGACGUUGUGAGCCGAAGCAGUGAGCGGAUCCCAGUGUCCGUGUGGAUGAAGAGGAUGAAGCAGGAGCCCCGCCUGUGCUGUGUGGUCGUGCUGGAGCCAGUGGAGAGGGUCUCAGCCUGGGUCUCUUUCCAAAGUGAUGGAACGGUCACAUCGUGUGACAGUGUCUUUGCCCAUCUGCACGGCUACGAGUGUGGGAACGAGGUGGCUGGGCAACGCAUCACAGACCUGAUCCCUUCCGUGCAGCUCCCUGCACCUGGCCAGCCUCUCCCACAGGUGGGAGCCAAGGAUGGUACCACCUUCCCUCUGAGCUUAAAGCUGAAACCUAAGCCCAAUAGCAAGGAGGCAGAAGCCGGCCAGGGGGCCCCUGAGCAAGGUUACUCAGCGUCCAUCUGGGUGUUCUCCACCAUCAGCGGCCUUAUCACCCUCCUGUCGGACGGGACCAUCUACGGCAUCAAUCACAGCUUUGCACUGAUGCUGUUCGGUUAUGGGAGGACGGAGCUCCUGGGCAAGAACAUCACUUUCCUGAUCCCUGGUUUUUACCGUUGCAUGGACCUUGUAAAUGAGGGCUCCUUACCACUGCCAGACCUGGUCAGCCGCCUGGACAUGGGAAACCGGAGUGAGCCUGGGGAAACGACCGUGGACCCCCUGCAGGGCUGGAGCACGGCUGAGGAUCCAGGGGUUAAUGUCAUGCUCGCUGUUGACCACAUGCUGCCCCUAGACAGGACCCCAAAGCCAGCGGGAAGCCAAGAAGUUGUCACAGGGAUCCAGACCCAAGUGGACACUGGAGUCCGGCUCCCUUCUCCCCUCUCAUCUCUGCCCACUCUGGGGGGGGACAGCAUUCCAGGAGGAAGCCCACCAGCCCAGGAACAGUCAUUGCCUGAGGACCAGGGGAACAUUCCAGAAAGAAGGCCACCAGCACAGGAACAGUCAUUGCUUGAGGACCAGUGUAACAUUCCAGAAAGAAGCCCACCAGCCCAAGUAUCGUCAUCGCCUGAAGACCAGCAGGACACUGUCUUGGAGAAGCAGGAACAUACAGGAACAGAGAGCCUCAGACAGGAGCUUUUGAGGGGAAGCAGGUCUGCCUCAGUGGACAUAAGACCCUUUGCUUCCUGUGAAGAUUCUGAAGCUCUGACCCCAGCUGAGGACAGGAGCUGGGGUGAAGUGUGUGACCUGUCCCAGGAAGCACAGCUGGAGUGCAUGGGUUUGAGCACUGCCAACCAUCAGGCUGAUGCUGCGGGACAGCUAGCAGAGGUGGGCCUCCCAGUGCUGCACCCUGGGUAUGGGACUGAGUGGAGCACACCCCAGGGGAGCCCAGCUACAGUCGCCUGUCCCUCGGGGCCCUCGGGGACAGCGCAACUCUCACUUUCCAUACCUUUGGAGGAGCAGUGGCUGGGAGCACAGGAUGACAGGGAGGAGCUGCAGACUUGCUUACUGAAGGAGCAGCUGUCCAAGUCGAGCUUUGGGAGACCUCAGGAUAUCUCCUCCAUUGAGCUGGUCCCGGCGGAGCAUACUGCCUUCUCUGCCCCUGUGUCGCUGUGUGACCUGGGAGGCAGAGACCUGUACAGCGGCCACUCCGGCAGCUCCUCAGCCUGCUAUGCCCUAGCCACAGACCUCCCCGGUGUCUUGGACACAAUGGAGGCCCCAGAGGCUGAUGGAAAUUCCUUUUUAUGGAACCUCAGGGAAGUGUUUUACAGCCGGUGGACAGACCGAACUUCUUCCAACUGUUCCUGUGCCUCAUCUGAGCUCGUGGGGACGGCCUCCCCUUCACUGGCUGGCUCCGAUGUGGAUGUGAGCACUUUGCAUGGGCACAGGGCAGAGGUUCUGGAUGACAGGGAACUGUUGUUGCUGACUGGCACCUAUUUCAAUCUUGGUGAAGGCCGGCAGUUCUGUGAGACCCAUCUGGGCCUCAAUCAGACAGAACCAUCUGACACCUCAGAAUGUGAAGACGUGAGUGGCCGAGAGAGCCCUGGCUGUGUCCUUCCCAGUUUGGAGUCCAGCCCCAUGGACAUGUGCCCGUUAGAAGAGCCCAGGUCAAGCAUCCAGGUCACCUCCACACCUGUGAGAGGGGAUAGCUCGGCGACAUCCGGGACCACUAGCCUGCAGCAGGAAAUCCAGGAGGGCACCUACUUGGGGAGCUGCUGCCACAGAGACGGCUCGCUGCUGAGUGUUCAGUUUGAGGUGAAGCGGGUGGAGCUCCAAGGCCCUGCUCCCCUGUUCUGCUGCUGGCUGGUGAAAAACCUCCUGCAUGGCCAACAGGCCUCGGCCACUCACACCCAACUGCUGCUGGCCAGCCUGCCCAGCUCCACGCACUCCGCGUGUGAGCAUCCUGGACCCAGCCCAGGGGAGAUACUUAGAAGCAGACCGUGGUUUGAGGAGCCCCCCAAGGCAGGGGAGUUGGAGGGGCUGGCAGCCUGUGAGGGUGCAUACUCUCACAAGUACAGUACGCUGAGCCCACUGGGCAGUGGGGCCUUUGGCUUCGUGUGGACUGCUCUGGACAGGGAUCAGAAUAAGGAGGUGGUGGUGAAGUUUAUUAAGAAGGAGAAGGUUCUGGAGGAUUGUUGGAUCGAGGAUCCCACACUUGGAAAAGUUACGUUGGAGAUAUCGAUCCUUUCCAGGGUGGAGCACGCCAACAUCAUCAAGGUCCUGGACAUAUUCGAGAACCAGAGCUUCUUUCAGCUGGUGAUGGAGAAGCACGGCUCUGGCCUGGACCUCUUUGCGUUCAUCGACCACCACCCCAGCCUGGAUGAGCCGUUGGCCAGUUACAUCUUCCGACAGCUGGUGUCGGCAGUGGGGUAUCUCCGCUCGAAGAGCAUCCUUCACCGGGACAUCAAGGAUGAGAACAUCGUCAUUGCCGAGGACUUCACCAUUAAGCUCAUAGACUUCGGCUCCGCUGCCUACUUGGAAAGGGGCAAGCUGUUCUACACCUUCUGUGGGACAAUCGAGUACUGUGCGCCUGAAGUUCUCAUGGGGAAUCCUUACAAGGGUCCGGAGCUAGAGAUGUGGUCCCUGGGAGUCACGUUGUACACGCUCAUCUUUGAGGAGAACCCCUUCUGCGAGCUGGAGGAAACCCUGGAAGCUGCAAUAAACCCCCCGUACUUGGUGUCGGAAGAUCUCAUGAACCUCAUGUCUGGGCUGCUGCAGCCUGUCCCCGAACAGCGCACCACCUUGGAGAAGCUGGUGACAGACCCUUGGGUUACCCAGCCCGUGAACCUUGCACACUACACCUGGGAGGAAGUGUGUGGAAUAAACAAGCCAGAAAGUAGAGUCGUGUCCACUGUGAGUCUGGAGGUGGAGAGCAGGAGCCCCAAUGAAGUGGCUCAGCAUCCGGAGCUGGCGGCGCCCCCUAAUGGUCCUCAUCCAUUCAGGAAAAGUAAUUCUCAAGAUUGAGCCCAAUUCACCUAAAAACUCAUGUGCAUUUGAUAAAUGCUAGAACAAAAGCCAGUGGUGCUAUAUUAUUUUAGGUUUAUAAAAUAGACAUGGAGUUCAUUUUUUUCAUGGCCUUGGGAAAACAUUGUAGAGUUCAGUACUAUGAAAGGACUUCGAAUCUGUGAACUUCUGAAAAGCAUAAAAGCAUUUUCAAAUUCUCUCUUAUUUCUGUAUAUAUCCAUAUAUUUUGUUUCCUCUGACUCAGUCUAUGCUUAUCUGAUAGGUAGAAUUUGUAGAACUGAUGACCAGGGCAUUUCAUUAAUUUAUUUCCUUGAACAUUUUCCAAAUUAAAGCAAUUUUGUUAGUAAAAAUUA